GCCUGCCAUAGCUUCCCGACGCUUGUGGUCCUUCCCAGACCCCUAAUAAUAAAAGACGUUAUUGGCGUCCACGUUUACAUUCGCAUCUAAACGCCUGAGCUGAAGUGGCAGAGAGUGAGCGUGCCUUCAUCACAGCACUUGAACAGUCGUAGAAACCUGAGAGGAGAGAUGCUACUGUCUGAACAGACGAGAAAAGUUCUGUCGAUUUCCUGCUGUUUGAUAUGUUUACUUCUCUUUCUUGCCGAAACACGUGCGGCCUCCACGUGUGGGGCGAGGCAGUUUAGAUGUGGAAACGGGAAAUGCAUCACGACAAGAUGGGUGUGUGAUGACGCCGACGACUGCGGCGACGGGACCGACGAGUUGCCCGCUACCUGCCAGGCAAAGACAUGUUUGCCAACAGAGUUCAGCUGCGGUGGACGUCUGAGUCAGUGUGUGCCAGCCGGCUGGCGCUGCGACGGCAAAGAUGACUGUGAGAACGGAGCCGACGAGCAGGGCUGUGUGGCAAAGGAGUGCGCGAGCGAUGAAUUUCGCUGCGGUAACGGCAACUGUGUGUCCAAGACCUUCGUAUGUGAUACUGACGAUGACUGUGGAGAUGGUAGUGACGAAGCUUCCUGCCCGAAGCCCACCUGUACCAGUGGCUCCUUCCAGUGCAAUAACUCUGUGUGCGUUCCCCGCCUGUGGGCGUGCGAUGGAGACCAAGAUUGCGCCGAUGGCUCGGACGAGUGGCCGGAGAACUGCGGGACCCAGGCUCCCCCGCCCAAGGCCAUGCCCUGCCACGCCCAGGAGUUCCACUGCGGGAGUGGAGAGUGUAUCCAUAGCGGCUGGAGGUGCGAUAGAGAGUCUGACUGCGUGGAUCACUCUGACGAAGCCAACUGCAGUUUCGCCACGUGCAGACCAGAUGAAUUCCAGUGUAACGAUGGUAUCUGUAUCCCAGGCGCACGUCAGUGUGACCACGAAUAUGACUGCAGGGACCAGAGCGAUGAGAUGGGCUGUACCACUGAGAAUAAGUGCGAGGGUCCAGGCAAGUUCCAGUGCCAGAGCGGAGAGUGCAUCAGCUUCGACAAUGUCUGUGACAGGAGGCGGGACUGCAGGGACUGGUCUGACGAACCCAUCAAAGAAUGUGGUACAAACGAGUGUCUCGUCAAUAACGGAGGAUGCUCUCACGGAUGUAACGAUUUGAAGAUAGGCUACAAGUGCCUUUGCCCGGCGGGUUACCGCCUGGUGGACAACAAACGCUGUGAAGAUAUUGACGAGUGUGCAGACCCCGAUACCUGCAGUCAGAUCUGUAUAAACCUGGUGGGCGGCUACAAGUGUGACUGUGAGGAGGGAUACCAACUGGAUCCCAAGACCAAAGAGUGCAAAGCUAUAUCAGGUGCAAUUCCAUAUCUGUUCUUCACCAAUCGCCAUGAGGUGAGAAAGAUGACGCUAGACAAGAGGGAGUACACACACCUCAUCCCUCGUCUGAAAAACGUGGUAGCCCUGGAUAUGGACAUGCCCAGCAAGAAGAUCUUCUGGUCUGACCUCAGCCAGAAAAAGAUCUACAGUGCUCUUGUGGACACAGCGGGAAACUCCUCCCUCCACAGCACAGUGAUUGGCACACAACUUGCAGCACCUGAAGGGCUCGCUGUUGACUGGGUCCAUGGCAACAUCUAUUGGACUGACAGUCUUUAUCAGACCAUCUCCGUGGCGACCACAGAUGGAACCAAGAGGAAGACCAUCAUUAAACAGGGCUUGCAGAAACCACGCAGCAUUGUCGUGGACCCUGAGCACAACUUCAUGUAUUGGACUGACUGGGGCAACGUCGCUAAGAUUGAAAAGAGUGGCCUUAACGGAGCAGGUCGCCAAGCCCUGGUCUCCGACAAUAUUCUCUGGCCCAACGGCAUUACACUCGAUAUGGUGAGUCAGAGGCUGUACUGGGUAGACUCUAAGCUGCACACUCUUUCAAGUAUCCACGUGGAUGGCAGAGACAGACACACCCUGAUUGUCAGCGAGCACAUGUUGGCUCACCCCCUCUCCCUGACUGUGUUUGAGGAGAAAGUCUUCUGGACAGAUGUCUCUACCCAUGCUAUUCUGAGCGCUAACCGUCUGACAGGAAAUGACAUCACCAAACUGGCAGACGGCCUCACCUCCCCAGAGGACAUUCUGUUAUACCAUAAUCUCAAACAGCCAGCUGGGAAGAACUGGUGCCAAGAGAACAAUUUUGUAAAUGGAGGAUGUGAGUUCCUCUGUCUUCCUGCACCUUACAUCAAUGAACACUCACCCAAAUAUACCUGUGCCUGUCCUGACCACCUGACUCUUGGGCCAGACAUGAGGUCGUGUGUCCCAGCUUCAGAAAUAGCCGAGCAUUCUAAAACUACACGCAGACCACCUAAGGUCACGUCCAAGCCUGCACGGAGGCAGCCUGCUACCUCCACCACCACCUCCACCACCACUACAACUCUUGCCAGAACUACACCCCUCGGCGUUCCAGUUGACCAGGACAAAAACAAAACUGAUCAAAACGCUACUAAGUUGAGGGUCUCCUCUCAAGGAGGUUCCAGUGAUGGAUAUGUGGCUGUGGCCAGCACCCCCCAGCACCCAACUGCCUUGUACAUUGUUCUACCAAUUGUCAUUAUAUGCUUGGCUGCUUUUGGCGCCGUGUUGCUACGGAGACACUGGCGGAUGAAGAACACCAACACUAUCCAUUUUGACAACCCUGUGUACCAGAAGACUACAGAGGAUGAACUGCACAUCUGCAGGAGCCACAGCCAGGAUGGCUACACAUACCCCUCACGUCAGAUGGUAAGCUUAGAGGAAGACAUGGCAUGAUGUUUCUCAGGCCAAACCCAAAGAAGUUUGUUCGAAAUGAAGACCGAAGACAAAUAACAGGACUUGUUUUUUUUUCUGAAAUGCUGCUCAGAUUUUUUUUUUUUUUGUUAAUUUCUCUCGAUGGCUUUUGAUCUCACCUCGUCACUGAGUCAACGUCCAUCCUGAAACUAAAGGAUUGUUCCAGAAAGGAAUCAUAAAAAAGAAGGAGUGAAUAACAUGACAAUCAUGAAGAGCAAAAAUGAGGAACUUUUUUUUUGCCUACAUCUUGAGUUGGGGGGGGGGGGAUCAACAGCUUCUGAAGAAUUCCGUGAUGCUUUAGUCCAUGGACUUCCUGUGGAAUGAAGGUUAAAUGGUUAACGGCUGGAGCACCGUCUCUUUGCACAGUACUCAGUGGCAGUAGAACUAUGAGUGCAUGAGCAGUCGAAUUAGGGCAAAGGUUUUAGAUCUACUUAAAGAAAAAAAAAUUCCUCUUAAUAUGAAUGACCUCAACAACCCUGUAAGACAGCUUAAAAUUCAGAGGGUUACAUAUUUUAUGGUAGCUUUUAUUUUUUUUAAUGCAUACACAUAUAUGUACAUAUACUAUUAUUAUAUUAUAUUUACAAGUAUACUUAGUUUGUUUGCCUUUGAUAUGAAAGUGUGACAUAUAACAAAAUUUCCCUCUGAGCUUUCCUUGCACUAUGUGAAAAUUUACUUUAAAAUGACUUAACUGAUUCUGACACGUCCAUUUUUAGAUAGGCAGUUAAUUUUAAAGUGUAAUGACAUAGAAUGACAUGAAAGGGGUUUUUCUAUGUUCAUUGGAGUUUGGUACAUUAUGUUCAGUUCUAUAGUAGCUUCUAAAACCGCUCUAAUACUUCGUCAGCUGACAGGGCAGUAAGUAAUGCACAAACUCUUUAUGCCACCAAAAAAAAAACCAGAGCUCAGCACUACACGAAUUUCCCAAAGGGAUACUAGAAUACAGCAUAGCAGCACUAUUCAGAAAGAAGCAGCCCUGGCACCUCUGAAUGUUUUUCACGUUAGUGUUUGCACCUCUAGCAUAUGAUAUUUUCCAGUCAGGGGUAAAUGAAGAAAAGAGGCCUUAUGUCCACCGCAAUAUUGCGUAUCAUGUUGUAUUUGCACAUAUCUGUGCGUGCAUACCCAAUGAUACACUAAGUCAGAUGUAAGUUGUUUCUCUGUGUCAGCUCUGUAAGCUGUAUGUUAUAGCUUUCUGUGAUGGCCUUACGAUCUUUGGGGAGAGGACUAUUUCAUUAAAUAAUAAUGUAUUUCGUGCCUUCCUUCAGGGUCAAUUUCCCAUGUUCGUUCUACGUGUUCUUUUAAGGGCAAUUUCAUUCUGGAGGCUAAUGUUCCUUUUUUUUGUGUGUCUAGAAGUAUCUUUAUGUGACAAAAGUACCAACACCAAACCUCAUUUGAUAACUUAUCUGAAUUUCCGUUCAAUGACAGAGAUGAAUGACAAAUGUUAGGAUGAUGAGCGUGAGCAUUUGAUAAUGUGACUCUGCUUUGUCGCAAAGCUACAGUGACAUUGCUCAUGUUGGCUAGCUGAGGAUAGAUGUUGCUUUUUUAUUCACCAAAAAUGUCUAUCAAUGCAAAAAUCUCUUCAUUUUGUUUUGUAAGUAGUUUGGCUUGGAUGGAAAAUGAAGGCCGUCAGACGAUAAUGAUAGUUGUGAAAUUGCUGUACAAUAUCAGUGCAGUAACCUGACAAUAUGAAUGAACAUAGUUGUGGAAUGUGUAAAAUGUGUAAAUAUUUUCUUUGUAAAUAUCCUCCAUUAUAUUGAGUGGUUAUUGUUCCUCUUGAGUUUGUACAGUUCAAACAAGGCUAUUCAUUUAUUUAUUACAAAAUAUCUAUGUAAAUAUAUGAUUUUUUUUCUCAUUUUUUUUUUUUUAGUCUCUUCUCUGUAAAAUGUAUAAUGUUAAACUUGUCUAAUGUUAAUGCCCAAAUAUUCAGUCAUGUCAAAACGAUCCAAAAAUGUUAUUGCACUGUUCAGUAAAUAUGAGCCAUUGUACAUCCGAAGUACUGUACACCUGUGUUAAAAACAUCCAAGGACAUUUUGGAAGGUGAUGGUUACGCUUACUUAUGCUUGUUGGAUCGCGUUCACACUUUUGAACAAAUGGGUCAAAGGUAGCAGUUCGAAAGCUGAGCUUUGAGUUGACACAGACUGUGGUUGUCCUUAAACGUUACAGUGCUUUGUUGAUUUUACAGAAAAAGCAAACGUUUGCAGCAGGUCUUAUUUUGAAAUUCGUCUGUGAUAGUGAUGAAUGGGCAUAACGUAAAAAGCCCAUCAAAUCGCAUUGACCUUAACCUCAGGUUAGCCCAAGCCUCUGAGUUGUGAAGAGUAAGUAAUGAAGUGUAACUUCUGCCUGUUACAAAUUGUUCUGCUUCAUAUUGGUUUAACAUGGGAAGUCAGCAUCCGAUGUAUGUUCAGAUCUGUUUGUCUUGGCUGAAUAAACUUGAAGUAAAUAUUGAACAUUCA